CCUGCAUGCCUGGGGACUUCCAGGACUGCAGUGACAGGACUCCCUGGAACAAGGUCAAGGGGACCCUCGCCAGGUCCAGCCAAAUGGAGGAGACUGAGCAGUACUCCCGCGCCAUCCAGAUGUCCUUGUGCCGAGGUGCCAAGCGGGCAGGCAAUCCCAGCACAUACUCCCACUGUUCCAGCCUAUGUGCCAACCCCAGACACUGGGGGGCCUGCCCUGAAAGUCCCCCCAAAAAGAAGUCCACCACAGUCAACCUCACACAGAAAUGUGAAACCAAAGACCCUCCUGUCACACCCAUGCAAAAACUCAUCUCCUUGGUGAGGGAAUGGGACAUGGUCAAUUGCAAACAAUGGGAAUUCCAGCCUCUGCCGGCUCCUCGGAGCAGCGCCUUGGAGGAGGCCACCCUGCAGCUCCCCUCCGGGAGUGAGGCUGCUUCCCAGCCCAGUACCUCAGCUUCCUGGAAAGGUCAUGCCACAGCCCCAGAGAAGGACCCAGGUCUGCAGGCAGGGGCUGGAGCUGGAGCCAAAGACAAAGGGCCAGAGCCAACGUUUAAACCAUACUUCCCCACAAAAAGAGCUGUCACCCUGAAGGACUGGGGCAAGCCAAAGUCAAAGGAGAGAGAAAGCCCUGACCCUGAGCAGCCUCUGCCUGAGGCCAGUGACCUAGACAGCGCAGGGGUCAUCCUCAAGGUGAGCCACCCCCCUGUGGUGGGCAAUGAUGGCUCCUGCAUGUUCUUUGAGGACAGCAUCGUCUACACCACACAGAUGGACAUCCUGAGGCACACACUGCCCUCAGCCAGCCCCCUGCCCCGAGAGGUGACCUUCCUGAGUUUCUCUCUGUCCUGGGAAGAGAUGUUUUAUGCACAGAAAUGUCACCGCUUCCUGACUGACAUCAUCCUGGAUUCCAUCAGACAAAAGGACCCCAAAGCCAUCACAGCCAAGGUGGUCUCCCUGGCCAACCGACUGUGGACCCUGCACAUCAGCCCCAAGCAGUUUGUGGUGGAUUUGCUGGCCAUCACCGGCUUCAAGAAUGACCGGCAUACCCAGGAACGCCUGCACAGCUGGGUGGAGCUCACACUGCCUUUCGCCAGGAAAUAUGGCUGCUGCGUGAACCUGCUCGUCCAGAGGGGCCUGUCUAGGUCUGUCUCUUACUCUAUCUUGGGCAAGUACUUACAAGAGGGCUAGGGUACCCAGAGACACUACC